AUAUUCAUAACAAUACGGAUCAAAAAGAGUUAAUCACGGAAUGUUAUAGUAGUGAGGAAGAAAGUUCUACAGACACAUUUUGUCGCAAAUUGCAGCAACUGGAUGUUGAUACGUCACAAUCAAAUUCCGAUGAUCAAUGUUCGAAACUCCUUCAAAAUCGUUCACCAUUUGCUUGCAUUCGCUUAUCAGAUGCAUUAUGUAACGACACCAAACCUACAAAAUCUAUUAAUUCAUCUGUAUCAGUUGACAAUAAUACGCCUCAUUCCAUUGAAAAUCAUUCGGAAUGCGAUAAAACAUUACAACAUAAUCAUACAUCAUCAAAUUCAUAUAUUGAUAUGAAGCAAUCAACAAACACAUCAGUAUAUCAGUUGCGUCAUCGUCGUGCCUCAUUACCUAAGCCAUUGAUAGAACCAAUAACUAAGCAAGAAACCAAAUCGCUAUCCACAUUUUCUGAUCAAAAGAAAUCAUUGAAAAAUCAAAUUAAAAAUACACUACCAACGCGAUCAAAUCCCAAACGGUCUUCAACCAUCAGCCUACCCUCGUAUGAAAAUCUUCAAAAAUUAGAGGCACAUGAACAAACGGUACAUCCGUAUAGAUGUCAUUAUCAAGGAUGUAGUUCGAGAUUUGAUAGGUUGGAUUAUGCCAAAAAACAUAUGCAAACACAUACAGAUAUAUUCCCAAGGGAAUGUGAGGUACCGGGAUGUGGUACGAUUUAUUUUACAAGAAAAUCAUAUCAAAGUCAUCUGAUGAAGCAUGGAAAAUUAGAAAGAAUGCGUUCACAAAUAGAGGUAGAAAAACCAAAUCGAUCUAAGAAUGUGAAUAAUCAGAAGAAAAAUUACGUGCGUGAAAAAAUUCCAAAUACUAAAGAAUUUAUAGCACGUAACAAAAAAGAUAAAGUAAGCGCGAACAAUAAAAAAAAUGGAGUACACGAAGAUAGUAAAAGACAUAAAGUAAAUAAGGAGAAUAAAAGAUGUAGAGUAAAUGUGGAUAAUGAAAGUUCAGAAGUAAGCGUAGAUAGAGUGGUGAUAGUGAUAACGGAUAUAAAUACAUAG